AUGGCACAUAAUUCAGAUAGACUAGCUUGGGAUUCUCUCGCCUCAAUGCUUGAGCUGCGACGCACCAACCCUUGCCAGCACGACGCCUACAACCUUCACGCUCUAAUACAGCCAAGCAGUAGAGGAAAACUUGCCAACUUUGUUGAUAUCUUUGCUCAGAGUAUCGCUGAAGAUGCAGCUCAACAGCGGAAGCAAUAUCCACAGGAGUAUGAAGUCCCUGGCGGGAACGAAGUCAUCAUUUCAGAUGAAGCGACAACCAAGAUUGAAUCGACGGUUAGGCGUUGGCAUCCAGAAUCCUAUUGGCCUGAUGACGACGGCGAAGUUGACCCCGAGACUUUCAAACAGCCGACGAGUAAAGAGUUGUGUCCUCACACAAAUGAAUCUGAUAUCUGUGGCUGUGUCUUACCUUAUAAAGAGCGCAUGAUGUCUGCGUUCCAACGUCCUCAAGUUCAGAACGACUGUUUCAAGUUCGAUACAGAGAACCUGGAAUCAUUCCGCAAUCUCAAAGUCGUCCAGAGUUUGAUUCUUCAUGGAGAAAUGGACCCCGUACUUCGCUCAUGCGCAUACGAAGAGUGUCAGCUGGCGAAAUGGUGGGAGCAUAGAGAAUGCUACUGCACGCAGCAAACCUUUGGAUGGAGAAGUAUAUGCCAGCACGCGAUCAGGAUGUACAUUAUACUCAAUGUCCUGCACCAAUUCCCCGAAAUAUGGGACAUCGACGGAUCUCGAAUCGAGAAUUAUCGCAACUUGGCAGUAUACCAGCAGGCGGUACGAUCGAGCACGGUUACUGGGGACGGAAACGGGUCCAGGGACGAGAUUGCCAAGUUCUCACAUCGGGACUUUCUUGGUAUCGAGGAGGAUCAAUUUUCGUGGAUUCCGGAGCCCCAUGAUGUCCCUCGUUGGAAACAUAUUAUGAGUUUUGACACAAAUGGUUUUGAAAUGUACCAGAAGGGCUUAGACGCCUUUAGUGAACCUUGGUCGAGUGAUAGCGAUGAUUCGGACGAUGAUUCUGACGACGCUUCCAGCAUCAAGUCAGGAAACAACUCCAGUGCAGACAACGAAGAUGAUUCCAGCGAUGGGAUUGAAGAGAAAGACUCAGAAGAGGUUGAGAAUAUGUUUUAUGAGCUGGAGUUCAACCCAUUAGGUCUCAUGUCAUACGACGAGUUCCUCAACUUCGAAAAGCUCAUGGGCUAUCAGCCUAGCCAAACAGAUAUAUCCCACGUCAGAUGGAUGCUAUGUCAGCAAGGCCUACCAGUCGAGAUAUCAGAUUGUGUUCUCGAAUAUGCCGACUACGCCCCGAAAGUCCUCUCUUUAAUAACCCGCGAUAACGACAAGACUGAACGACUCAUUCUCGCAUCCUGGGCCCUCACCAUGGAUUUUCUUCCAGAUGAAACAUUGCACAAAAUAUUUGUCGAACUAGAGGACCAAAUGCCUCUAGAUAAAUGGCAUUUGUAUGGAGCUCGACUGGAUCAUCGGGGCUCAGCCGCACUCGGCAACCUCUGCCUGGUCUGUCGCCAAUUCCGAAGCAUCGCACAACCUUUGCUGUACCGUACCAUCGUCAUUGAAGGCCGCAGACGCGCAAAGAACAUCGGUGCUCUUCUUCUCAGAACAUUCGUCGAGAAUUCGCAGCUCGCAGAGCAAGUUCGCGCCGUCUCUCAGACCGGCUGA